AACCUGUGUGUAGAUUAUCCUCUUAACGCGCGCCCAGCAGUUCUUAAAGAUACUAUGCAGAGCCCUCGACGGACUCGUCGCCGCCUUCCUCGAUCGUGUGAGGAAUGUCGCAGACGUAAAGUCAAAUGUGAUCGAACCCAUCCUUGUAGCCACUGUGUUUUAAGUAAAGCUCGCUGUCACUACAGCGCCAGGGUUCAUUUGCAACAGGGACGGCCGACACGGCAAGCGUCACCCCUGAGCGACUGUUUUCGGCCGCCCGAGGUGGAGGACACUGGUUCUGAGCUCACCUUGCGUCAACCGCUGGGUUCGGCUCCUUUCCCCUCCGUGUCUAGUUCGGGUGUGACAGAAGGCCGCCCUACUAAUCGCCUUUUGUCACGCUCAUUAGGUCCAACCCGGCCAAGGGGCUCUGAGACCACCCAUCUUGAUGAUGAACCUCAUCGUGCCGAGCCACCAUGUCUCCAGAAUGGGUUGACUAUAGGGACUAAGGCCAGACCUGCGUUAGCUUUACAAGAAGACAACGGCGGACUAUCCGGUCAGCAGUUGAGGCUACACAAAUCUAGAUUGUUCGGCCAGACACAUUGGACGAAUGUUGUUUAUGAGCUUUCAUGAGGAGCGAGACUACAAAUGCAGGAGGACAAGUAUCAAGUUCACCGUUAAACGUGGCAAUCCAUUCACUUCUACAAGAAUGCAAGCAAAUGUCGCAGGGCGUAAAAGUGUCGAGACCUGGCAGGCUUUUGUCGUGCCCGGAGCCAAUCGUUUCAUCGCCGGCCAUGGCAGAUCACUUGAUCAACUUGUAUGAAUCGAACAUCGAGAUUGUCUUCCGUAUCCUUCAUCGCCCAUCAUUUAGGAAUGAAUACGAUAGGUACAAGUUGGACCCUACAGACGUCGCCGAUGUGACGAUGCUCAAAAUCCAACUUGUCAUAGCCAUUGGAUCCGGUCUUUGUCCGGAAAUGGCCAGCGCAAAGGAGGUCCGCAGAGCAGCGUGUCAGUGGUUGUACGCUGCUCACACUUGGCUCUCAGGGCCAAUAGAAAAAGACCGUUUAAGUAUCAGCAGCAUUCAGGUUCAAUGUCUUCUGAUUCUGGCUCGUCAGGUGCUUUCAGUGGGCGGUGAUUUGUCCUGGGUCGCGAUGGGCAUGCUUCUGCGUACUGCCAUGCAAAUGGGUUUACACCGCGAUCCAAAACAUUUUCCCGGCAUUUCGAGUUUCGAGGCAGAAAUACGGAGGAGACUCUGGGCGACCGUAUUAGAACUAAAUGCUCAGGCAUCUUUAGAUUCUGGGACACCACCAGGUAUCUCUCUUGAUGACUUUGAUACCCGACCGCCCACAAAUGUAAAUGACGAGGACAUGGGUGAAGAUAGCAUCAAUUUUAGACAACACAACGAGACAGUGCAGACUGAUACGAGUCUGCAGCGCUUCCUGUUGCAGAACCUACCUCCAAGAUUGGAAAUGCUUCGUCGAAUGAACGGCCUAGGUAUAAACCUUGAGGAUGAGCGCAUUCUGGCACUGAGCGCAAGUCUCAACACAGCUUGCCGUGAAAUCGAUGCACAGGUUUCUACCGACCCUGAUACCGAAACCGCGAGUUGUAAGCGGAAUAUGGCUUCUCUGCUACUCAGGCGUUUCCUCCUGGUCCUACACCGACCGCUCGCUGGCCGAAUACGCGAAAAUGCUUUAUACUAUCACUCGCGCAAGAUGAGCUUCGACUCGGCCAUGUCUCUUCUGAAGCCUCCAAUAGUAAAUAAUACUUUCUCGUACCUCAUGUUGCGCGGUGGAGGCCUAUUUAAGAGUUGUCUCAUCCAUGCAUCCCUAGCACUGGCUUCUGAGCUUCUCAUUGAAAUAGAAGAGCAGGGAUCUGGUACCUAUAGACAGAUGCUCGUUGAUGCAGUAAGAGAGGCACGCCAGCAAUGGGUACAACGAAUAAAGCUCGGCGAUCCAAAUUUUAGACUUCACAUGAAGCUAAGUAUCGUCUUGGAUCAAGCCGAAUAUGUGGGGGAGGAAGAAGGGCAAUUCCAGCAGCAGCGCAUGGCGAAAAGUACAAAAGAGAGCCUAGAGCUGUGCCAUUCCCUGAUUCAGGAACAUGUCAGGUCUACCUCAACUACCAUCUCAUCUGAAUACAAUGCAUGGAUAAGCCAAGGCCUUCAUCCAGCGUGCAGUAACGAGGAGUCCGACUUAUCGCGGGAAUGCUUCUCUUUCAAUGAUAUUUUACAGAUGAAUAGUCUAGAUAUAGGCGGCGGGGCAUUUGACUCAAAUACAUUGCUUUUGUAACACCUCUCGCGAUUCGUAUACGACGUCUAGAGUACAAAUAGCUUAUCAAGAAACCCUUUCGCGACAGAACGCAUGAUUUGCUACUCAACCUAGACAUUUAAUCUUGUCUGAAGCUACUCUUAUGAUGUUAU